UCACACACGCUUCAGUCCAUCUUUGGGUAUCUAACCAUGAGGAUUUACGCAUCCAUUUACCAAGCCUUGUUCUGCGCGCUCCUAACGGCUCUGCACUCAGGUAACUGCAGAAGAAACCACCAAUGUUUACAGAAGUAUGAGAAGACAGAGAAUCACAUAUUGGCUUGCACAGACUGCCCACAGACCCCUUUAGUACGAAAUAGUCGAUCACCUGAGCACUGUGCGCGCAAGUGCAAAAAGGCAAAGAAAAACUGCAGGGCUUUCAAUUUUCAAAGACACAGUCAGAAGUGCCACUUGCUUCCAUUUGACCGCUUCGGCACUGAUGUGCAGAAGCAGAGCAACUCCAACUUCACGCUCUAUGAGAAAAAAGAUUAUAUAAGAGAGUGCAUCACUGGGAGCAACAACUACAGAGGUCGUAGGUCAUGGACCAAGUCAAACAUCACAUGCCAAGCUUGGUCUGAUAACAUCAUCAAUGAACACACGUUUUAUCCAGAUAGGUACCCAGCGCACGAUCUACGAGAGAACUUCUGUCGAAAUCCCAACAACGAUCCUGGUGGUCCAUGGUGCUACACCAUUGACCCAAAUGUACGUGCUGAAGAGUGUGGCAUACCUCAGUGCUCAGAGGAGGAAUGUAUGAAGUGUAAUGGGGAGGAUUACAGAGGCAGAGUGGAUCACACAGAGGGGGGCCGGGAGUGCCAGAGAUGGGACUCAGUGCGUCCUCAUAAACACCACUUCCAGCCCAAAAAGUACCGUGACAAAGACUUAAAGGAUAACUACUGUCGUAACCCAGACAAUCGCCUGCGUCCCUGGUGUUACACCAUGGAUCCCAAAACUCCAUGGGAGUACUGCAACAUCACUGUGUGUGACUCAGACUAUACUGAGGAGAGUAUUGCUAAUACAUCAACAUCCUGUUUAGAGGGAAAGGGGACUGAUUACAGAGGCACUACAAAUGUUACUCCAGAGGGUGUGUCCUGUCAGCGUUGGGAUUCACAGUUCCCCCACAAACACUCCUUUCUGCCUGAGAACUACAAGUGCAAAGACCUAAGGGAAAAUUAUUGCCGUAACCCUGAUGGCUCAGAGCAUCCAUGGUGCUUCACGACAGAUCCAAAUCAGAGGAGAGCCAACUGCACUCAUAUCCCACGGUGUGGUGCUGAAGCCUCUCAAGAAACUGAGUGUUAUGAAGACACCGGGGAGACCUACCAGGGAACAUUAUCUAUCACCCGAUCAGGAAUACCCUGUGCAAAUUGGUCACAACACAUAAACAGGUACUAG